CCAACCGGUUCUGUGAGCUGAGAGAGUCAGCCCGAGUGAGAUAGAAAUGGUAGCUGGAGAGCUGCGAACCAGAUCCAGCCAAACAAACGGAAUGUGGGCUCGGGACAAAAUGCGCUGUCACAGCGGCUGAUCUCCCACUCCUCUCCGUCUCCUCGGUCCUCCCUCUGGUGCCCCAAUGCCCGCAGAGCAAAUUUAUUUCUGUUUGGAGAGUCCUCCAGGCAUGUGUGACUGACUAAGACAGCCAGGAACCGCAGGUCGCCCAGCGGGCAACAUGCUAACCAGGUGGGUCAGGCAGUGCAGAUCCAUGGGCAGAGGGCUGGUUUUGGGAGUUCUGUUGACCAGUCUGGUGAUGCUGCUGUACUGCCUGUCUGCACGACCUCCCCAGCGCUACCUCCAGGAGGUCCUAGUACCAUACUCCUGUGAGUAUCACCCCUCACGUUCAAGUGAACAGCUCGUUUCAAAUGCCUCCAAGAAUCUCAAUGGCCAGGCCAGCAGCUGUUCACCAAAGGUUGACAUCAUGUUCAUGAAGACCCACAAAACUGCCAGCAGCACAUUACUCAAUAUCCUGUUUCGCUUUGGGGAGAAGCACCAACUGAAAUUUGCCUUCCCCGACAGCCGUAAUGACUUUCUGUACCCUUGGCCCUUCCAGCGAUCGAUGGUAAAAGACUACCAGCCAGGCAUGUGCUUCAACAUCAUCUGUAAUCACAUGCGGUUCAAUGCAGAUGAGGUGUCCAAGCUGCUCCCGGCUGACUCCGCCUAUGUCACCAUUCUAAGGGACCCCGCCCACCUCUUUGAGUCCUCCUUUCACUACUUUGGCCACCUGGUGCCUCUCACGUGGAAGAUCCCAGGGGAGGACAAGCUGUCUGAAUUCCUACGUGACCCCCAGAAGUACUUUGAGCCUGAGGGCUACAACUCCUUCUACCUCAAGAACCUGCUGUUCUUUGACUUUGGGUAUGACAAUAGCCUGGAUCCGCAGGACCCUCGCGUGGACAAAGGCAUCCAGGCCAUAGCCAGCCACUUUCAGCUGGUCAUGCUGGUGGAACACUUUGAGGAGUCGCUCAUCUUGCUCAAGGACGCCCUCUGCUGGGAAAUGGAGGAUGUGCUGUUCUUCAAGCUCAAUGUCCGCAAGAGCUCCACAGUGUCUAGGCUGACUCCUGAGCAGAGGGCCAGGACCCUGGACUGGAAUGCAAUUGACUGGAAGCUUUACCGCCACUUUAACGCCACCUUCUGGCAGAAGGUGGAGGUAUACGGGCGGGCCCGCAUGGCGCAGGAGGUACAGGAACUGCGCAGGAGGAACCAGGAGAUGGCAGCCAUCUGCAUCAAGGGUGGGGCUGCCGUUGAGGCAGACAACAUCCAGGAACUGGACAUGCAGCCAUGGCAGCCAAUGGGAGAGAAGUCCAUCUUGGGCUACAACCUGAAAGAGGGCAUCGACCAGCGUUACCGCACAUUGUGUCGCCGCAUGCUGACCCCUGAGAUACAGUAUCUGACAGACCUGGGGGUAAAUCUCUGGGUCACCCGACUCUGGGGGCGUGUGAGAGACCUCAUCAACUGGUAAGGAUACUGAACCCCCCAAGGAAGAAAGAUCCAAGAAAACAAACCAAGAGGGGGUGCAUCCAGCAGAGAAGAGCAUAAAAUAUGCAAAGGUGUGGCCAUGGGGAAGCUGAACCUCUCCUCUCCUUGACACCCAGGCUUCUCCCCUUUAAAGAUACCCCUGUUGUGGAAUUUUCACAAUGGUAGAAUAGAACUUAUUGCCCUCUUUGUGAGUAGCGGUUUGGUCUUUCAGAAAUUAAUGCUUUGGAAGUAUUUUGCUUCUAGUAUAUCUCUGCGUUAAUAUUAUCACAUGCAUCCAUUUUCAGCCUGUCCUGACUGAGUAAAGAUCAGAUCUGCACAGCACUCCAUUUAUGUGACAAGCAGUUUAAAAUUGGAUAUUGCAUUAUUUUGGAUUAGCUUUUCCAUGAUUAUCUGGCCAGUAAAUGUUACAAUUAUCUGAGCAAUAUGCAAUAUUUUUAACAAGAGAAUUUAAUGAAAUGUAACACCAAUAAAAGCAUGUGACGAACCAGGAAAUAUUACAAAGGAAUUUACACUGAUCCUCUGGGCCCCAUCUCUGCCUCCCUAUUUGUAAAAUCCUGCAUAUGACACUAGAAACACCCAGCUGAAAUGCAUGCAACAUGCAUUGCUCCCCACAGCACUCAUUAUAGCAAUACUGUACUGCCUUAUCUGCCCCUGCACUCUGAACACUAGGGGGCACUGCAAGAGCAGGCAGACCAAUUUCACUGCUGCGUCAGGGGAAACAUGUUCUGUAGUUUUAACGAAAAUGACUUUGGAGCCAGUGGGAUCUAAGGAAGGGUUAAAAAAAGAACAUUUCACCAACACAGAACACAGCUCCACACAAAACCACUGCAUACAACACACCUCCAUACAAGACAAGUCUAUUCAUCGCGAAUCCACACAUCACACAUUGACACCUCUCAUUCUGUAACUAGGGGUGGACAGCUCUCCUUAAUUUUUCAUUCAUUUGUUACCUGUGGAAAUCUGAGAGUGUUUACAAAUAGAAAUGUGUAAAUCCCACAUAAUAUGAUUAAAUGUUUGUAUGUUAUCUGAUGUUUGUAAUAACAUAUGCAUUUGAGAGCACACAGUGCAGAACAUUUGUUAGAAAGAGAGACAGAGGAAGAAUGUGUACAUGUCUGUGUAUGUGUGGGAGAGAAAGAGAGAUCUGAGAGUGGGACUGCAAGGUUGCACAGUAGAUACAUAGUGUCCUUCCCAUGUGUAAGCUGCAUACAAUCAUGCACACACAUGCAGACAUACAAGCAGCUCCAAAAUAAAUAAAACAAAAAGCACAAAACAUUUCAGUUUUGUAUAUGUUUUCCUCGCCUUAAUAUUCUACAUAAACAGGUGAGAGUUGAAUCUGAGUUGUGAAACACUGUGGAUUUUGUAUAAUCUGAUUGCAUUCCAACCAGGUUGAUGAUGGACUGAAGAUUUAACAUGGAGCACUCAAAGCGUUGUAUCAGAAACAUCAAACCUGAAAAAGGCAAAAAAAAGCAUUUGUCAUUUCUCACAUGCCUCAGGACUCCUUGAUAGAGUUAUCUGAUGGUUGAUCAUAAUACAUAUCAGAAAUGAAAAUGGAGACAACCCAAAGAAGAAC